AUGGCCUCCCGCGUCAAGCGCACUUACGGCGGCGCCCGCACAGCAAAGCUAUCUCCGCCGGCCCCCUCGUCGCCUCCCUCGGGCCUGUCCUCGCCCCCUCCAGCGAGCGCGUCCAGUGCUGCCAAACGAAAGCGCCCCCUGAUCGAGCGCUUGGGCAUCAACGCCGACGCGGUCCCCCCAUUCAAGAAACGUGCUUUAUCUACCAAACAACGCGAGAAACAACUCAAGGAGAACAAGAAGACGCUGACGCAGCUGCACUUUUCCCUGGAGACCUCGGUCCUUCGGACAUGCUCUACGUGUGGCUUGUCAUACACGAAGGGCGCCCCCGAUGACGAGAGCUUGCACAGAGCUCACUGUGCUCGUGUGCAGAGGGGUAUGGAAUGGGGAAGGGAGGAGGAGAAGGAACGGACCAAAGCCGGCGUAGAGGAGGUCACCUCUGGAGUCAGGUUGAAGGACGGACGUAAAGGCCGGAUCAUCUGCGUCAAAGCCGACGUCGGUGGCAAGAUAGGCUCCAAGCUCAAGUCUCUCCUGGAAACCGUAAACCUAUCACUGUCGUCUCCCCCUUUACUCCCGGCUGCCCUGCAAGCUUCAAAGGUCUACCUCUUCCUCGUCCCAUCUGCGGCCACCUCGCCUACCACAACCCGCGAGAAAAUCGUAGGCUGCGUCAUCGCCCAGCGAAUAUCUACCGCAAUGGCUGUAGUCACCCACUCAGACCCAAGCACCCCUCCUACCGAUCCAACUUCCCCCAACGUCCCUCCACACCUAAUCACCGUCGACCCCACGCUCGGCCUCUUCUGCGACCCAACACCCCUACCCACACCCCUAGGCAUACCGCGCCUCUUCGUAUCCACCUCCCACCGCCGUCAAGGUAUCGCAACUCACCUUCUGGCCGCGGCCGCGAGGACGUUCAUACAUGGCUGCCCGCUCGAUCCUGUCAAAGGCGAAGUCGCAUUCACCCAGCCCACCAGUGGCGGACGCGCCGUCAUGGAGAGCUGGGGCCGUGGAGGGGUUAGGGUUUACGAGGAGUAG